UCACACUCUCAUGUUCAUGUCAUCAUCAAGUAAUCAAAUAGCGCCAAUCCAUUUUUAUCAUGUAUUGCACUAGAUGUAGCCUCAACAAUGCAAUGAGAGUUGCCAAUUUCAUUGUAAACUUAUUUGGAAUUGGGAUGAUUGGGUACUCUCUUUGGUUAUUGAAAGUAUGGACCACGGUGAUGGUUCAAGUGGGUUUUCCAUCUUUGGCAAUUCCCAAGCCAUGGUUCAUAUACACAUUUCUUGGUGUUGGUAUCCUUGUUUGCUUCGGCGCACUUCUUGGGUACAUGGUUUCCAAUUAUAUGAGUAGAACUUCUCUUUCUUGUUACACACUGUUUCAUGGCUUGGUUUUAGUGCUUCAAGUGGUAGCCGUUGUUGUAAUUUUGUUCCGAAUAGAUUGGCAAGCGGUGAUUUCCAAAUACAUUGAUGAGGAGAGCGCUGAGAUCAAGAACCUUUGGAUGUUCCAUUUAGACUUGUGUCACUUGAUUGGCGUUGUAAUUUUAAUAUCAGAGGCCAUUGUUUUGAUGCUUGCCAUUGUACUAAGAGCCCUAGGGCCAGAAUCAAGAGGCCAUUGUCCUCAACCAAUACGAACAAUCUUAAGGCAGUCCUUUCUUGUCGAGCCCGGGUUGCCGCGUGGACUUCCAGGAUCAUCAACCCUGGCCUUCUGGAGGCGAUUUCAGGUGUAA